GUGGCAUGGUGAUAAAAUCAGUCUCCAUUCUAUGCACGUAAUAAUGAUGGUAUUAGUAUUGGUUAUGAAUACGGAAUCGUUUGAUUUGUCUGAAAUUGCUUCACAAACCGUAGCCCGUGUUUGCGAUAUGACAACCAUUAACAGCGAUAUCAUCAUGAAAUUAAAGGCAUGCGAUAAACAGUACGACGAUCAGUGGUGUAUGGACAUGGCCCAACAAAAAAGCAUUGAACCUGAAUUCAAAAAGUGUGAACAUAUGGUGCGAAACGAUUGGAUGAGUCUGAAUGUGACCACAGAUGAAGACAGGGAGGAUGUGCUCAAUGCCUGUAAUGUCGGUUAUCACAAGUGCUAUAAGAAUGCGUAUGCAUUGGUCAGACAGCAAGUUUACCUUGAUCGCAGAACUAAAAAUGCUUGUUAUAAAUCUGCCCUUGCCUGCGACACGACAUUCAUUACCGAUGAUAAGUGGCAACAAUUGGAGAGAUGUACCGAUGAUUACUAUAAUCAGGUUAGACCGUAUUGGAAAGAGGUGAUGGAACAGUCAAUAAGCACAUGUAGGCAAACAUAUAACGACCAAUUGACAAGGUAUAGUAACGUUAGGCUGAAUACAACCCAGGAUAGUUUAUUGCUCACGUGCAACGCUGAUUACAAGAUUUGUCGUGGCAAAUUGUACAAAAUGCUUAACGAUAAAACUGUAUCGUACGCUAAAACAAGAGAUGAUUGCUACCGUAAUAUUCUUAAAUAAUGGGAAUUAAAUAAU